UCUCUCUCUCUCUCUCUCUCUCCUCCCUUUUCCCACCGCCGACCAUUCCUCCAUUUGCUUCUUCUUCUCUCUUCUCCACAAUUCUCAACAAUAAAGUCUCAAUUUUUAUACCCUUUUUGUUUGAUAUCUUCUCCACACUCAAACGUGACGCCGACUCUUUACUGAGUCUUAACCCCCUUUGACUCGCCCUGGAGAUUUUUUUUUUUCUUUCUCCAGAGGCAAAAGGACACAAACAAUGAGGCUUCUAUGUUGUCUCCACGUGCUUCUCUUCCUCUCUUACAAACUCUCAGCUCAAUCUCCUCCCACCAAUGCCUCUUCUUCUCUUGAUUCUCUUCUCCAAGAUUACUCUUUUAGAGCCUUCCUUCGUCCUCGUACCGGCAUUCUCUACGACGCCACGGCUCCUCCGAAUCUAACCGGAAUCAAACUCGCAGCGAUGAGACUAAGAAGCGGAAGCUUGAGGAGACGAGGAGUCUCUUCCCUUAAAGAGUUCUCGAUUCCGAGAGGAGUCAUCGUGAAGCCGUACGUGACAAGACUCGUCUUUGUUUACCAAAACCUAGCUAACUUCUCUCAAUUCUACUACCCUUUGUCUGGCUACGACUAUCUCGCUCCCGUGGUGGCUCUCCUCGCUUACGACGCCAAGAAUCUCUCCGCCGUUAACUUACCUGAGCUCGAUGUAACGGCGUCGAAGGAUCCUAUAAAGAUUAAUUUCUCUGAUCUGGAACGGAGGAGGGGAGGAGGAAGUGUUCAGUGUGUUAGUUUUGAUUCUAGAGGUGAAGCGAGUUUUAGUGAUUCGGUUGGGAACACAUGCGUGACGGUGAAGCAGGGACAUUUCUCUGUGGUGGUGAAGUCUGUUGCUUCUGCUCCUUCUCCAGCUCCUCCUCCAGGGAGUGAGGAGGGGAAGAAGAAGGAGAAGAAGAGCUCUGAGUCUAGUUCAAGGACUUGGAUUACUGUUGGUUCUGUGUUGGGUGGAUUGGUGCUUUUAGGGCUUUUGAUGUUACUUGUUUUGAGGUGUCGGAGUUACAAGAAAGAGGAGAAGAUGAGGGAGAUGGAGAGAGCUGGAGAGACAGGGGAAGCUCUGAGGAUGACUCAGGUGGGUGAGACAAGAGCACCAACUGCUACUACUACUCGUACACAACCUGUUCUUGAAACUGAAUACGCAGCUUAG